AUGGCUGAACCCCGAGUUGAAAUUGGUAUUGGAGUCAGCAAAGAUGUGGAAAUGAGCAGUGCAAGCGAAACACCGGCUGCCCAGCCCCAGCCUACCGAAGGUGUAGAGUCCAUCACCGACGUGAUUCCUGCAGAGGAGAACAACGAGAUGAUAAUAGCGCCUUCAGAGCCGACCCAGGAGAACAGAUUCUUAGACUAUCUCAAAUCUCCAAUUGUGGAACUAGUUGUAGGAAAAGGCGAUGACCAGACUAUCCUGACAGCACAUCAAGGAAUUCUCACUUCGAGCCCUUAUUUUGCGGAGCUUGUGUCUCAGUUUCCGGAGGAUGGCCCGUAUCAAUACACAGGCGAAUACUUUCCCAAACGGCUAGGAUCGCUCACAGAGGGCCUUGAAUCGGAUCCAUCAAUUCCAGAUAUUGAUGAGACUGGCGACCAACUCCUUAAACACGCACGGGUAUACACCCUAGCCGGCAAACUCGGUAUCGACAAUCUUAAAUCUCUUGCGCAAGGAAAGAUCCACAGGAUCAAUAGUACCGCGAAGGGCGAAAUCGAAUAUGCAAAAUAUGUCUAUACCCAUACCAACCCCGGAGAUUCCAUCCGAAAACCGGUGGCCGCAUUCUGGGCUACAAGAAGCCAUGUUUUACGACACGAAGCAGAAGAAGACUUCAGAUCCCUUUGUUUGCAAUAUCCACAGUUUGGCUUCGACGUGCUCAACCUCGUAUUAGACCAAAAAGAAAAGCGUGCUAACCGCGAGAUUGACAGCCCUGGGGUAAAGGGAAGCGCGAGGAAGAGGGCUAGAAUGGGUUGA